AAAGGGAGAGAUAGAAAUGUCUAAAAAUGUAUCAUUUUAGAGAUAAACUUUCCAUGGAAGGACGGAAUAUCGGCACAAGAUGAGGUUGUCUACUGCGAUGUUUAUCCUGGUGGGCGGGGUCUAUUUGGGCAUCGUCCUCUACGUUCCCAUGCCAACCGAUAUGGACGCCAAGAUGGAGUUCUACUGGAAGACCGUUGGAUUUAAAUUCACCAAGUCAAUUAUGUACCUGGAAUACCUAGUUCGCGGGGGUUCUACCAUCGAUUUUUCUGUUCUUCAAAAUAUCUUGACAUGUUUAGCCACAGUCUAUCGAGUAGGAGCACCUUUGAUCCGCAAUUCAGAGGGGUCAACGGUCACAUUAGAUGACACGACCUUUGACGGGGUCAGAGUACUUUUCUACCAGCGCACCGAUGGCAGUCAAGAGAAACGGCCGGCUUUUAUCUAUCUACAUGGGGGCGGUCUCACUAUUGGCAGUGUCGAUAUCUUCGAGAUAGGAACCCGUGAGAUUGCAGGGCACCUAGAUGGUAUGGUUGUGAUAUCUGUGGAUUAUCGCCUGGCACCGAAACAUCCCUUCCCAGCGGCCUACGACGACGGGUUAGCCGUUACGAAAUGGUUGAUGAGACACGCCGACGUCUACGGCGUUGAUCCCACUCGCAUUGCCGUUGGAGGUGACAGCGCCGGCGGUUACCUGACGGCCGCGAUCGUCCAGGCAAUCCACGACGAUCCGACCCUGCCCAAUGUUCGUCUCCAAGUCCAUCUCUUCCCGUGGUUGCAGCACUUCGACUACCAGACACCGUCCUACCAGAAGAACGCCCAUGUCUUUGGUGAGAAAACCUGGCUCGAGAACUCCAUCCCCGGGUUCUGCUUCAGCGCGUACUUUAACGGAGUCCUCAACGACUCCCUGGUUGAGCAGAUGACGACAAACAACCACACCUCUGCGGCAUUUAAGAACUCUCCGCUCUACCGGAAGAUCUUCAAUCAUUCUCUGAUACCAAAGGAUUUCCGUGAUCCCGCCCACUACACCCCACCCCAAUCAAGUGACUUCGGCAACGAGGCAAUCUGGAAUGAACUCAAAGACGUCGUUCUUGAUACUCGGUUCUCGCCGAUCCUUCGCGAGGACAUGCGAGGAUUACCGAAGGCCUACAUCGCCACUUGCGGCUACGAUCCUCUACGGGACGACGGAAUAUUUUACUUCCAUCGUUUAAAGGAUGCCGGUGUUGAUGUGUUUUGGGUGAACUACGACGCGGCCUUCCAUGGUCUAGAUUGGUACCAUCCACUGCAUUCGGAAACUGGGAAGCAACUGCAAAGAGGGUUUAUCAAUUUCAUCAAAGAUAAUAUUUGAAUUUGUGCCUGAUUUGUUAUUAGUCGAAAAAUGACAUAGGCCUAGUUGUGUACAAGAUGUAAAUUGUCACUCAUGCUUUGGGAGUGUCAUUUAGCUUUGUUUGAUCUUGUACAUCUUAUUACACUUAUUAUUAAUGUGCCCGGUAAUGUGCGCCUACAUGUAAAGCAUCAGAUACAUUGAAGAGUCCGAUUCUUCCUAUUCUAAAUGCAUUACACUUUCAAGAUGUUUACCCCCCCCCCCCCCCCAGAAAUAACAGCUUUCCUCGUUUUUGUGCUCUUUUGUUAUGUUUUUCUUGGUUCGGAUGUAAGGGGGUAGGUAAUUUUAAUCAUAGGCCUACUGUUACUGAUAUUUCCAACGGGGAAAAUUUAAAAGUUUCUUAUCAGUCACUGUGUGUUCGUCGGAUGCACUUUUUUAAACGCCUUUUAGUGAAAAUAACUUUCUGUCUAUGUUAAGUUCAAAAAAAGAGUAAUAUGCUUUGAUGUCGUCAAUUAAAGUUUUGAAGAUUUAAAACUGUUUCAAUUUACAUUUUGCUGCCUAAAUACGCUGCAGGUAACAAUGUGCAAUAAAUAAAGCACGGGCUAGAUCUUUUCAAACAAAUGGAG